GUCGCCAAAUGCAACCAUAGCUGCAUCCACACCAUGUUUGGUCUCUCGCAUGGAUUUGGCACUUGUGAUGCAUAGCCUAGAUUAGGCCUUCUGUCAAGCCGCGUGUCUCAGCUCCCCCCGCUUGCUCACCCCUCUUCUUCCCCUGAUCCUCCUUCCCGCCACCCCUCUUGCAUAUUCCUCUCAACUCCAUCCCUCCCCUCUCAGUGAGGAUAUAUAGGGAGGCGCCGACUACUGCAUAGGUGAGAUAAACUGCAACUCAGGUGAACCGCAGCAAGGAGGGUCGAGCGCACCAGACACCUAGCCUACUGAAACUCAAAGUCGGACAAUUUAGACAUGUACUCGAACAAGACCGAGGGGCCACGCAGAGGAAGGUCUUUUGAUUCAAUGAACACUUGUUAUGAAGAGAAGCAACUAAAUAAUGAGAUGAACAAAUGUACGUUCAAUAAGAUUGAGGAAAACAAGGACAACAAGACAUUUGGAAGAGGACGGGCAGCCAUCGUCUUCUCCCUCAAGAAUGAAGUUGGUGGGCUGGUGAAGGCAUUGAGACUUUUUCAAGAAAAGCAUGUGAACCUGGUUCACAUUGAAUCCCGGAAAUCGAAGCGGCGCAAUUCGGACUUCGAAAUCUUUGUCGAUUGUGACAGUGGCCACGAGCAGCUGAAGGAUCUCACCCAGCUCCUAAAGAAGCACACCAACAUAGUGGAGAUGGACCCCCCAGACACCUACUGCAUACCAGAGGACGAUAUGGCUGAUGUCCCCUGGUUCCCCAAGAAGAUCUCUGAUCUGGAUCUGUGUUCUAACCGGGUGUUGAUGUAUGGCUCGGACCUGGAUGCUGACCACCCGGGUUUCAAAGAUAAUGUUUAUCGCAAGAGGAGAAAACACUUUGCCGAUCUUGCCAUGAGCUACAAACAUGGGGAUCCCAUUCCCCGUACAGAGUUCACACAGGAGGAGGUGAAGACUUGGGGAGUUGUGUUCAGAGAGCUCAACAAGCUGUACCCCAGCCAUGCCUGUCGGGAGUACCUGAGGAACCUGCCCCUUCUCUCCCAGCACUGUGGCUGCAGGGAGGACAACAUCCCUCAGCUGGAAGACGUGUCACGCUUCCUCCGGGAGCGCUCAGGCUUCACCAUUCGUCCAGUGGCAGGAUACCUGUCCCCAAGGGACUUCCUGGCUGGACUAGCCUUCCGAGUGUUCCACUGUACCCAGUAUGUCCGCCACAGCUCUGACCCCCUCUACACCCCAGAGCCAGACACGUGUCAUGAGUUGUUGGGUCACGUUCCUCUGCUGGCUGAGCCGAGCUUUGCUCAGUUCUCCCAGGAGAUUGGUCUGGCCUCGCUGGGGGCUGCGGACGAUGCCGUUCAGAAACUAGCCACGUGCUACUUCUUCACGGUGGAGUUCGGGCUGUGCAAGCAGGAGGGAAAGCUGCGAGCCUACGGAGCAGGCUUGCUGUCUUCCAUCAGUGAGCUCAAGCAUGCACUCUCCGGGAAUGCCAUGGUCAUGCCCUUUGACCCCAAGGUAACAUGUAACCAGGAGUGCAUCAUCACCACGUUCCAGGAUGUGUAUUUUGUGUCCGAAAGCUUUGAGGAAGCCAAGGUGAAGAUGAGGGAGUUUGCGAAGACCAUCAAGCGUCCGUUCUCCGUGCGCUACAACCCGUACACCCAGAGCGUGGAGGUGCUGAGGGACGCCAGCAGCAUCAACAACAUGGUAGAGGAUCUCCGGCAUGAGCUGGACAUUGUAGGAGACGCCCUCAACCGUCUCAACAAGCAGCUGGGAGUCUGAGCCCCACCCGUCCUCCACCCUCACUAGCACCUCCACCGCUGUGAGCCCCACCUGUCCUCCACCCUCACUAGCACCUCCACUGCUGUGAGCCCCACCUGUCCUCCACCCUCACUAGCACCUCCACUGCUGUGAGCCCCACCUGUCUACCACCCUCUCUAGCACCUCCACUGCUGUGAGCCCCACCUGUCUACCACCCUCUCUAGCACCUCCACUGCUGUGA